AUGGACCCUAGCACGUCGCGUGUUCUCCUGCCGCAGCCAGUUUUCACGGGAGAGCCACCGCUAGGAGAGAGUGGGCUGUCGCUGAUCUGGUGUCCUUACUGCGGCAUGGGGAGGAUUUUAGAGCUGUUGUCAAAAUCAGACAAGCACUCAAUGGAAAGGUUCUUCAAAUGCCCGAGGAAGUACAAGAAGUUUCCUCUUUGUAAUUUCUACAUGUUCGAAGAAGAAUAUGCCAACUUUCUUGUUAAUUAUGGGAUGCUUCCAAAAUCUGAGAUGUGUCAUUACCAUCCAUUGGAGAUGACAGAUGAUAGUGUGCAAGCUGAGAUGUAUGAACAGGUGAUGAAGAAAGAAGCUGCUAGUGUGUAUGAGCACAUGAGGACUAUAGCUUCGACCAAGAAGGGAGGCAAGAAGAAGCAAAGACAUUUGAAUUGGAUGAUGUGUAUUGGUGUUGUUGUCCUAGUGUUGUUAGGUUUCAAUUCUGCCAUUCUCCUUGUGUUGGUUGUGAUACAAAUGUAUAAGUAG